UGUUGUUGUGCGCAUCUAUGUGUUCUUGCCCUGGUCUGUCCUCGUUCCGAUGUGCAUUUCAUUGCAUGUUCGUUUUUUUCGGCUCAGACGCACGUCCACCACUGGUGGCUGCCGAGAGGUGAUGUGGCCACUGUCCACGCUUGCCGCCCGCGCAUGGUAUCGUAACGUACCGAACCUGCAACUAUAAUGAAGAGGAGGGCAGCCCUGGCAAGCGCGUGCAGCGCACUGUGGCUGGGCGCCGCCGCCGCGGAGCCUCCGAGGGACCUGGCGCAGCGGGAAGCCAACGCCAGCUUCAGCAGCGGCUUCCUCGCCAAGGGCCCGCCCGCUCACGCGCCAGCAGUCGCUUACCCGCCGAGGCUGUGGGAGCCCAGCAGGGCAGCCGCGGCGCUGGGCGGCACCGACGCGCAGCUCCGCGGCCGCGGGGACGCCGCGGCGUCUGCCCUCCAGCUGGACGCGGCGGCGCGCAAGGGAUCCCAAAGCAGGGGGGGCCUGCAGACCAUCCCGACGCCCUUCCCCAUGAAGUCGGUAAGGCACCGGAAGGAGGCUGGGGACAGCUACCUCGAGGGCUCGCCCUUGUACCCGCGCCAGCAGCAGCGCGUGGAUGCCACCGCCGCCCAGGCGUCGCCACAGCUCCCAGAGCGGUCGGAGCUGGGCCGCGCAGCAGCUUUCUCAGAACCACCGCUCCUCUCACACGGACUCUCGGCUUCGUCGCCCUGGGGACGGGUCACUGCGCUGCUGCUGGCGCACGUCAUGUUCGCCCUGCUCGUCGUGAUGUGGGCGUACUUGUACCGCGCUCACGGCAAGGGCCGUUACACGCGGAGCGUCCAGGCGCGCCACGGGGACUCUUUCACGUUCGGGCUCUUCGAGGUCGGAAAUCUGAACCAGGACUGGCCGAUCUGCUUCCUCGCCUUCUGCUGCCCUGCCAUCCGCUGGGCGGACACCAUGACCAAGGCCCGCCUGCUGCCGUUCUGGAUGGCCCUCGGCCUGAUGAUCGUGCUGUCGCUGCUUGGGCCCAUCACCUACGGGGUGAUCUUCCUGCUGAUCGUGCUGGUGGGCGUGUAUUUCCGCCAGCGCCUCCGCAAGCUCUACAACCAUGGGCCAUUCAAGGCCAGGAUGGGGUGUUCGACGGAGAACUCCGCGAGGUGA